AUGGGUCCACUUCCGCGUUUCCUUUCUGCUUUUUCUGGGGCGGCAGAAAUAGUGCGGCCCAGUUUGCAGCUAGACGGUGACUGGACAAUGUGUACUAUGCAGGAGUAUGUCCAGCUUAUCGGUGAUGCCGUGAGUGACGCUGACGCCGCCAGGUUGGCCGAGGAGGCCAUUAACGCACCCUUGCUUUUCUUCUACGGCUCCCUCUUGGAGCUUCCCUCGGUGCAGAAUUUCCGUAGCAAUCCCCUGUUUGCGUGGAUCCCACAAGUGCUGGAGGUCCUGUGCUACGGGGUGGUGGAUGAGCUGCGUCGUCUCCCUGAUGCAGUGCAGGCCCACCUGACGCCGUUGCUGUACCAAAAAAUGAAUAAGUUGUCCGUCCUCUCCCUCUGCGGCCGCGAUGACAUGAGUGGUGGUCUCCGCAUCCGAGCGGUGCAGGAGACCAUCGGCGCCGCCGUGCCCUCCGAGGCGGAAGCGUUGCUUAUUGACAUGAUGUCUGACGGGCUGUUGCGUGGCCGCAUUGACCAACGCGGCGGGGUGGUGGUUCUGCAGCAGUUCGAGGCGCGGGAGGUGCGGCUCGAGGACGUUGCGAAGCUGCGGGAAAAGCUGGAGGCGUGGUGCCGCAGCUGCGAUGCGCAGCUUGAGAUGCUGCUGAAGGUGAUGGAGGCGUGA